UAUACACAAUGAUAUUUAUUAAUUACGUCAUUGUACAAAAUAGCAACUCGGCAUUUACAUCGAAACAGAAAGUAGGAUAUACCCGAAACAAUAUGGCCGGACUACAGCAGCAAUACACGAAAAGGUUACAUAAAGAAUUUGUCCAACUCCAGAAGAGUCAGCCCUGUGGUAUCCAAGUGACCCUUGUAUCCGACAACCUUCACAUGUGGCGGGCUGUCAUCCCAGGCCCUGAGGAAUCCGACUACUCGGGAGGAAGCUUCACAGCCUGUGUUUACAUACCGGACAACUAUCCACUGGAGCCACCCACGAUCAACUUUGACACAGACAACAUCCCAUACCACCUGAAUGUAGACCAGAAACACGGACAGGUGUGCCUUGGUUUCUUGUCGAAGGAUGACUGGUCUCCUGCAUCGAGGUCCAUGGAGCAGAUCAUCAAUGCUCUCUUUUCCCUGCUUGGACGACCAGAGCCAGAAAACUCCAUGGACCACGAGCUACUGAACGAGUACACGCAUUUCAGGGGAAAUUAUGUCAGGAAGGCGAAGGAGAGUGUGAAGCGUUGAAGUCUUUUUACAAUGACAGUUAUUUUUUGUAAUUAUUUCACUAUUUAACGACUUCAACUAAAUUUCUUAAUGUUAAUGCAUUUCUGAAUAGUGCUAAAAUAUCACAGUAACUGGUAUUAAUUAAGGCUCACAGUUUACUUAUUUGCAACUUUUAUUUUCUCUUUGCAAAUAGUUUAGAUGGACACUUUCACGGGUACCCCAGUACAGGAGGUACUAGUCGUUUAGUGAUCGGUCUAUAGCUGUCCGUCAAGCUGUUAACAUAACACAUACAUUGAUUAUAUUGCAUUACAAUGAAUAAAUGUAUAUUUGUUGGACUCCAACCUAGAUAACUGUAUACAUUUCGGGUAUCUGCAUGUGCUUCAACUUUUCUUUUGUAAUUAAACUGUAUUCGCAAUCAUGA